UCGCCGAGGUUCGCCUGUCAUUCGGCUGACAGCCUUGCAAGAAACAUGAAGUAUUUGGCGAUCGUUUUGACUCUGUUCGUCUGUGGUGCUGUGGCCCAGCUCGGGGGUUUCGAGGAUCUUCUGACACCCGAGGAGAGAACCGAGGCAGACCGGGUGAAGAGUUUCUCUCAUUACCUCACUGAGGGGACCGAAUUAGAGGAGCCCUACCAGUCUGCCCUUGAGGAGACUCUGAACAUUGUGGGGAUCGGCGAGAGCCAAGACCUGGAAUUUGAGAGCACCAAAGGGAACACAACACGAAAGUUCAAGUGCAAGAACAACAAAUGCAGUUUGUGUUUCUCCGUGAGGAGGUUUGGCCGUGGACGCAAAAUUAAGAUCUGUCUUUUCGUUGGGAAGCGCGCCAACAACCUGACUUUGGUCAUUACCAGAGGCAAGAGAGUCGUCCUUUCUGGAAGCACCCCAGCCAAUAACAUAAAGCCAAUCUGCAAAAAGCCUAAGUGUCCAUUGUUUGGCCCGUUCUGCCUCAUUUUUACUCAAGUCACCAAGACAGCCACAGGCAACACUGGCUGUCUUGUGGCCAAGGCAACCAUUUUCAAGAAGAAAGUCAUGAUGAGGCAAGUUGGCUGCUUCAACUUGACGGACCCGAAACCCGACCUUGACCUUGGCCUUCCUGGCAGUGACCUCAGCGGGUCAGACGCGUAUCGGAAGAAGAUGUUCGAGGAGAUUUUCAAUAAGAUUUUGAAGAAGGAUAUGAAUGCGGAGGAACAACAGUUGCCGUGGGCGCCUAUCUUUUAAGAAAUGCACCAAUGAGAAAUGAGUUUUGGUGGUUUUACAGUAAAACAAAAUAAACAUCCGUACUUGGUAUUAUAUUGCACUUGUACAACCCUUAGUUUUAAUGUUGUUUUCAACUUGCAUAUCGUUUCACCACUAGUGUUCAUUGCCUAUAGGUGGCUCUGGUAGUCUCCCGUAGUGUAAUCUAUAUUCACGAUAGAGGCCACUUUAUGUAUUUGCUGUAAUUUAUGUUAGGCAGGUUUCGUAAUAUUAAUGUACGUAUGUGUAAAGCUACAUUCUCGAUUCCCCGUAUCUGUUUAAGCCAAGUGCGAAUUCCGCGAUACGACUCCGAUUAACAUGUGGCGGUCGUGCCCGAACUUUGAGCGGGAAUUGAUGACGUCAUAGACAUUCGCACUUCGUCGUUCGGUUUGUGAAACCUGCCUAUUGCCGGUACUUUAGGCCACAGUUUCGGCACCGAAGAAAGAUAUACCAAAACACAUAAUCAACAGAAAAGGGAAUUUAUUUUGCUGUGCCAAAUCGUUUUUCUUUUAAAGAUUUAUUAUUUGUAGAUGUUAUAAUUCAUUACUUGUCUGUAGAAGGCAAAUUAAAAUGCAACACUGCACACACCAAAUGCUAAUAUUAAGCUUUAGAAUAAAAAGAUGAAAACGCAA